GGCUGUGUUAUUUUAUCUGAUUCCAUUUUGUUGUUUUUCACAGUAAAGAUCAGGGGUGUCAAACUCAUUUUAGUCUAGGGACCACAUAAACCCAAUCUGAUCUCCAGUGGACCCCACCAGUAAAAUCACAGCAUAAUAACCUAUAAAUAACCAAAAACUCCAACUUUUCCCCUUUGUUUUAGUUUAAAAAAAAGUACAUUCUGAAAAUGUUCACAUUUAAUGAAGUAUCUUUUAACAAAAUAUUAUGAACCUGAAAUUUCUUAAGGAAAACAAGUUCAAUUUCAACAGUAGCCUAUUAUGCCUCAGUUCAUCAUUCACACAUGCAUUGUAACUGCCAGAUAACAGUUUAUCUACAAAAACACAAAACAUUCAGUCACAGGUAUCUGCAACUGAACAAUCUAGUAUUUUACUUCAUGAUCAGAACAACUUGUCAAGUUCUAGAAAUUAUUUUAAAUUUACAGUUUUACAAAUCUACAAUUUACAGUUAAUGUUGUUGUAAUUUUUAUCAUUUGUAAAGUCGUCCCGCGGGCCGAAAUGGACCGUCUGGUGGGCCGGUUUUGGCCCACAGGCCGUAUGUUUGACAUUGCUGGUAAAAAUAAUCGGAGGAGAUGAGCCGAGUACGUGACGUGAUCAAGUACGCUGGUGUUCUGACUGCACAUUAACGAUGCGUUCUCCCGUUCUCUGGAGUCUGUACUUCGGCGUCUGAACGGCCAGUGCAUGUACCAUAGAUAUAUACAGAAGAUCAUUAUUAUUAUUAUUAUUUAUAUCUAUGGCAUAUACAGUCUAUGGGGCCAGCACAAUUUCAGUAUUGUUGUACGCCGCGAAAAACAGGCCGACGUUAAAACAAUAGUUCAGCUAAUUAGUUCCGUGUUGAAGGACCUUUUCCUCCCAGUCGCCCGCGCCCCCCCGACAUGCCUCUGUGCCCCCCAGGGGGGCGCGCCCCACUAUUUGAGAAACACUGCUUUAAGGAAUGCUGCGUCACUGACGUCAUCACGUUAGAGUUGCUCGUCCAAUCACACGCGUCGUCUCGCAAGAACCGCGCGAUACACGAACAGACAAAGAAGUCGUCUUUGUGAGUUUCUACAAUGGCGGCCCGGUAUCACCAGUCCGACUCACCACAAACUCCUCGCAUAGAACAGCCUGGACAUGACCGACUGGUUCCAGUCAGACCCGCGACAGACACUGAGAAGAAACUGUUGAGCGUUAUCAGCAGACUGUCUGGCCAGAGAGGACCGCUGGAGGAGAUGCUGGAGGAGAAGCCGGAGGAGAAGCCGGAGGAGAUGCCGGAGGAGAUGCCGGAGGAGAAGCCGGAGGAGAAGCCGGAGCAGAAGCCGGAGGAGAUGCCGGAGCAGAAGCCGGAGGAGAUGCCGGAGGAGAAGCCGGAGGAGAAGCCGGAGGAGAUGCCGGAGGAGAAGCCGGAGGAGAAGCCGGAGCAGAAGCCGGAGGAGAAGCCGGAGGAGAAGCCGGAGCAGAAGCCGGAGGAGAAGCCGGAGGAGAUGCCGGAGGAGAUGCCGGAGGAGAAGCCGGAGGAGAUGCCGGAGGAGAAGCCGGAGGAGAUGCCGGAGGAGAAGCCGGAGGAGAAGCCGGAGGAGAAGCCGGAGGAGAUGCCGGAGGAGAAGCCGGAGGAGAAGCCGGAGCAGAAGCCGGAGGAGAAGCCGGAGCAGAAGCCGGAGGAGAAGCCGGAGGAGAUGCCGGAGGAGAAGCCGGAGGAGAAGCCGGAGCAGAAGCCGGAGGAGAUGCCGGAGGAGAAGCCGGAGGAGAAGCCGGAGGAGAUGCCGGAGGAGAAGCCGGAGGAGAUGCCGGAGGAGAAGCCGGAGGAGAAGCCGGAGGAGAUGCCGGAGGAGAAGCCGGAGGAGAUGCCGGAGGAGAAGCCGGAGGAGAAGCCGGAGGAGAUGCCGGAGGAGAUGCCGGAGGAGAAGCCGGAGGAGAUGCCGGAGGAGAACCUGGAGCAGAAGCCGGAGGAGAUGCUGGAGCAGAAGCCGGAGGAGAAGCUGGAGCAGAAGCCGGAGGAGAUGCUGGAGAAGCCGGAGGAGAAGCUGGAGGAGAAGCCGGAGGAGAUGCUGGAGGAGAAGCCGGAGGAGAUGCUGGAGGAGAAGCUGGAGGAGAAGCUGGAGGAGAGGAUAGCCGCCAUGGAAGCCAAAUUAAACACUUUCUCCAGCGGCGAGGAAAUUCAGCGGAAAAGAGGAGAGCACAGUCCUAAAAUUGCUGUAAGAAUAUAUUCCAUUUGUAGGAUAUUUUUAGUGAGUUUUUAGCACAAUGCUCUGAAUUGACAGAUGGUUUGAGAGAGACGUGAAAGAAGCCAUCCAUGUCAAAGUGGAGAAGCCAUCUCUGAAAAGGAGGGGUGGUCUGUGACAUCAUCUUUCACCAUUUUACAAUCAGGUCCUUUCAAAACUCCCCAAAAGAACUACUCAGCAGAAUGACUCAGGUGAGGUGGUUCAUGCUAACGACCACCAUUAGCAUACGAGGGCUCAGUGAAACUCGCAUUUCAACGACCCCCUUUGUCACUCCCUGGCUCCCAACGACCAUCGUUGAGGAGCCAGGUGGGCCUUGGCAAUGGUCGUCAGAAUGUGAAUAACACUGACCACACCUCACAGAGGUUAUAAGCUGAGGCAACAUCAACCACCACCAGAACUGAAGAAGCCUCUUGGAUGAGAGGUGAAACGUCUUCAAGGAACCUUCUUAAAGUCCAGUUGGAUUGAUGUAAACAACUUUGGAUAACUGAAUUGGUAACGUUAAGCAGUGAUAGCAUGUAGUCCUCCAUCUUUGUUAACAAACGUGACUUUAUUUUGCCUUUUUGUACUUUUAGGGACAAGGGUGAGACUGUUUAUUCUGUUUUCUUUUUCGUUUCUUUUUUGUGAGAAAAUGUUUACUGUAAGCAUGUAUAAUAAUUGUCAGCUGAAUGCACACAAUUAAAUUGUUGUACUGUAGAUUGUAAACCAUUCAUGCAUCCAUUCAAAUUGUGUCUGCUAAUUUAAAACAGUUUUAAAUGACUUUACAGUUGACUCUGCAGUUAUUCUGCUGUGAGUAGUAAAUGAAUGUUCUGAUUUAUUUUCACAGACUGGGCUCACCUCACAAUGAGACAGUCAGGACAUAUUUAGUUAAAACUUUGGCUGAAGUCCAGAUGUGGAGGAUGUGGAGACAGACGUCCUUCUAUCUGAUUGUAAAAAGCAUUUUGAAACUCUACGGAGGAACUACCGCUACAGUCAACCCAACAUGGUGGAUCAGGCGGAGGCCAUGAAGUCUUCUGCCCCGAGUCGCCACAGAAGAAAGAGGCUGCUGGAUGCCAGGAAGACAGUCCUUGCUCCAGAUGAAGAGGACUUCUGGAAGGGCAUCACAGCUGACAUGAUGUCAGAUGAGGAGGACGGCAGCGUUGACGGGGUGCGUGGAUGGAUAGUGUGGCCUCCAUCCUUCCACAGCCAGGAUCCUUCCACAGCCAGGAGCUUGCCAACCUGUGUGCAGCCCUACAGGCUGGAGGCUGAUGUAAAGUACACAGCUCUACAUCACAGGUGUUUUUGCAAUGGACAGCUGUCUGAUAGACAUAAGUAUGACACGGCAGCAGCAAAGAGACAUUUUAAGCCAGAGCUGAUGCCUGAGACCAGCUCAGUGUGAGAGACCAACU